AUGGAUGACCUACACAUGUAUCUAUUAGGAAACAACAAUAACUUGAAUACAGGAUUGCGAAUUGGCCUCCCCAUCGGCUGUGCCGUUCUUGCUGGUAUUGUUGUCGGAUGGCUUGUUUUCUACUGCAGGCAGAGCAGGAAGCAGCAACGUGUGGAGCGCCUCGGCUCGCGAUCCAACCGAAGCACGAGCAAGGAAAUUAUCACUCCUUGGAGCAAGCCUCUCUCAAGGCCUCCCUCAACUAAUGGCAGUAAAAGCGGCCACUUGUUCAGGACGACUUCAAACUCCAACCUCGGCUGGGGCAGCAUGUAUUACGGUGUCCAAGUGUUUGAUUAUGCUGAGCUCGAAGAGGCUACCGACAAUUUCGAUCCUUCGAGAAUCCUGGGAGACGGCGGGUUUGGCACUGUGUAUCAUGGAAUACUACCAGAUGGUCGUGUAGUUGCGGUGAAGAGGCUGUACGAGAACAAUUUGAAACAAGUGGAGCAGUUCAUGAACGAGGUGAAGAUCCUCACAGGCCUCCGCCACAAGAACCUUGUCUCCCUAUACGGCUGCACCUCCCGCCGCAGUCGCCAGCUCCUUCUCGUCUACGAGUUCAUCUCCAACGGCACAGUCGCCGACCACCUCCACGGCCGCCUCCGCAGGGCCAACCCAUCCCCUCUUCCAUGGCCCGUCCGCCUCGACAUCGCAGUCGAGACAGCCGAGGCCCUCGAUUAUCUCCACAAAUCCGACAUCAUCCACCGUGACGUGAAAACCAACAACAUCCUCCUCGACUCCGACUUCCACGUCAAAGUUGCCGACUUUGGCCUCUCCCGCCUCUUCCCCACCGACGUGACCCACGUCUCAACAGCCCCACAGGGCACCCCGGGCUACGUGGACCCCGAGUACUACCAGUGCUACCAGCUCACGGAAAAAAGUGACGUGUAUAGUUUUGGGGUGGUCUUGGUCGAGCUUUUAUCAUCUCUAAUGGCAGUCGACACAAACAGGCACCGACAGGACAUAAACCUGGCGAGCAUGGCCGUGAACAAGAUCCAGAACCGGGCCCUGGACGAGCUGGUGGAUCCCAGCCUGGGGUUCGGGACGGAUGCAGAGGUGAGGCGGGCUGUUACGUCUGUGGCUGAGCUGGCAUUCUGGUGCCUGCAGUGGGAGAGGGACAUGAGGCCAUCGAUGGGGGAUGUGCUGGAGGGUCUUAGGCGGAUACGGGAUGGCGGCCAUGCGGUAGAAGUCGUGGACUUGAGGUCCAGCGACGAUACGGGCCCGCUGAGGGAGGGUAUGGAGCCACCAUCCCCGGAUAGUGGGUCGGGCCAGAAUUCUAGUAGGUGA